AUGCCCUUAACCUGCCUGGCCAAGAACAGAAUUGAACAAGAAGAUAAGCUGAGAACAGCAUGGCGGGUGUGGCGCGCGGCCGGUAGCCGUCAGAACCCGUCGCGCGGGUACUCUGUGUCACGAGCGGACGAGAGAACGUGGGUCCCAGGAGCCCCGGUGUCCUUUCCCCUUCCAUUGCCACCCGGCGUGUGCGGGUCGGAGGUGGACAUGGAGCCCCAGAGGUCUGCCUUAUUAGAAGUGAAGGGGAACGUAGAACUGAAGACAUCCCUGGUGAAGGCCUCAUCCCGAUUACCUCUCCCAGGAAGCAGGCUCAAGAGGGGCCCUGAGCAGAUGGAGAAUGCCUUAGAACCUGCGAAGAAACGGACUCGAGUUCAGGGUGCAGCACCCAAAAUGAGCAUAUCCCGUCCCAGAGCACCCCCUCUCAGCACAGCAGCACACACACAAAGCCAGACUGCAGCUCAAAAAGUUCCCAAGAGGACAGGACCCCGUUGUUCCACAGCUUUUGCUUCAGUGGUAAAGAACCAGAAGCCAGUACCUGCUGUUCCUGCUGUUCCUGCUGUUCCUGCCCAGAAGCCUGCCACAUCAGCUGCUCCUCCUGUGGUGGGAGUGAAGAAACCCGGUAAACGUCCUGCCUGGGACUUAAAGGGUCAGUUAUGUGACGUGAAUGCAGAAUUGAAACGAUGUCGUGAGAAGACUCAGACACUGGACCAGGAGAACCAGCAGCUACGGGACCAGCUCAAGGAGGCCCAGCAACAGGCCAAGACUCUGGGGACAGAGCGCAGCACCCUAAAAGAGGAGCUGGCCAGAGUACAGGCUCAGGCUGAGCAGGGCCAACAGGAGCUGGGGAGUCUGAGUGCCCGUGUCCUGGAACUGGAAGAACGGCUGGGCACGCAGGAGGGCUUGGUGCAAGCGCUCCAGAAGGAACAGUUGGAAUUGCAGGAGGAGCGCAAGGUGUUGGCAACCCGACUGGAAGAGCAGGAGAGGCGACUGCAGACAUCUGAAGCAGCUCUGUCAAGCAGUCAAGCAGAGGUGGCAUCUCUGCAGCAGGAAACUGCAGCCCAGGCGACCUUACUAGCUGAACGAGGAGACCGUCUCCAUGGGCUAGAGAUGGAGCGCCGGCGAUUGCACAACCAGCUUCAGGAACUCAAGGGCAACAUCCGGGUCUUCUGCCGGGUCCGCCCUGUCCUUGAAGGGGAGCCCAGUCCAUCCCCUGGCUUCCUCCUAUUUCCUCCUGGCCCUGCUGGGCUGUCUGAUCCUCCAACUCGCCUUAGCCUUUCCCGGUCUGAUGAUCGACGUGGGACUCUGAGUGGGGCUCCAGCCCCCAUUACCAGACACGAUUUCUCCUUUGACCGGGUAUUUCCACCAGGAAGCAGACAGGAUGAAGUUUUUGAGGAGAUCUCCAUGCUUGUCCAGUCAGCUCUGGAUGGCUAUCCAGUUUGCAUCUUUGCCUAUGGCCAGACAGGCAGUGGCAAGACCUUCACAAUGGAGGGUGGGCCAGGAGGAGACCCCCAAUUAGAGGGGCUGAUCCCUCGGGCACUGCGACAUCUAUUCGCUGUGGCCCAGGAGUUAAGUGGCCAGGGCUGGAGCUACAGCUUUGUGGCAAGCUACGUAGAAAUCUAUAAUGAGUCUGUCCGAGACCUGCUAGCCACUGGGACCCGAAAGGGCCAAGGAGUGUGUGAGAUUCGUCGAGCAGGACCAGGAAGUGAGGAACUUACUGUCACCAAUGCUCGAUAUGUCCCUGUCUCCUGUGAGAAAGAGGUGGAGACUUUGUUGCAUUUGGCCCGCCAGAAUCGGGCUGUGGCUCAAACAGCCCAGAAUGAGCGAUCAUCUCGUAGCCACAGCGUUUUUCAGCUGCAGAUCUCUGGGGAGCAUGCUGCUCGAGGCCUGCAGUGUGGGGCUCCCCUCAACCUUGUGGACCUGGCGGGGAGCGAGCGACUAGACUCUGGCCUAGCCCUUGGCCCUGGGGAGCGGGAUCGUCUUCGAGAAACACAGGCCAUUAACAGCAGCUUAUCCACACUAGGGCUGGUCAUUAUGGCCCUAAGCAAUAAGGAGUCCCAUGUGCCUUACCGGAACAGCAAGCUCACCUACUUGCUACAAAACUCCCUGGGCGGCAGUGCUAAGAUGCUUAUGUUUGUGAACAUUUCCCCCCUGGAAGAGAAUGUCUCUGAGUCCCUCAACUCUCUACGCUUUGCCUCUAAGGUGAACCAGUGUGUUAUUGGUACUGCCCAAGCCAACAAGAAAUGAAGAUGGAUCUAGAUCCUGUGUAUGUCUGUGUGUUUCUGGGGGAGGGGAGGAGUCUGAAGGAUUGUGCCGAGAGCUUUAUGUACUCGGGCUUA